AUUUCGAAAGCAAUGAAUUUAAUUUUACAAAGCAUUGGAAUCAAUUAUGAAUUAUCUGAAUAUAUUACUAUUGUUCGAAACAAUUUACAUACUUUAAAAUAUGACUGUAGCUUUGAUAAUUCAACUAGCGAUACUGAUGAUAAUGAAGAAGCUCAAUUUGAAAACCUGUCCAAUGAUUUUCAAAUCUUUGAAAAUGAUUAA